CAACACACACGAGACCAAAAAAGAUCAUCACUUUCAUUCCUCUCUCGAAGAUCCAUCCCUAGCAAAAAUGGAGAAGUACGAGAAGCUCGAGAAGGUCGGCGAAGGAACAUACGGGAAAGUCUACAAAGCCAUCGAGAAAGACACCGGAAAGCUCGUCGCUUUAAAGAAAACCCGCCUCGAGAUGGACGAAGAAGGCAUCCCACCAACCGCUCUCCGCGAGAUCUCCCUCCUCCAGAUGCUCUCCCAAUCGAUCUACAUCGUCCGCCUCCUCUGCGUCGAACACGUCCUCCAAUCAAAAGACUCCUCUUUAUCCUCUUCUCCUGUGACGACUUCGACCCAGUCCCAAAAAUCAAACCUUUACCUCGUUUUCGAGUACCUCGACACGGAUCUCAAGAAGUUCGUCGACUCCUACAGGAAGGGCCCCAACCCGAGGCCGCUCGAGGCCGAUCUCGUGAUGAGGUUUAUGUUCCAGCUCUGUAAAGGCGUGGCGCAUUGUCAUAGCCACGGCGUGCUUCACCGCGAUCUCAAGCCGCAGAAUCUUUUGCUUGAUAAGGAGAGAGGGGUUUUGAAGAUUGCUGAUUUGGGUCUCGGUCGUGCUUUCACUGUUCCUUUGAAGUCUUACACUCAUGAGAUUGUUACGCUUUGGUAUAGAGCUCCUGAGGUUCUUCUUGGCUCUGCUCAUUACUCCACUGGGGUUGAUAUGUGGUCUGUUGGAUGCAUCUUUGCGGAGAUGAUUCGGAGGCAAGCUCUUUUCCCUGGUGACUCAGAGUUUCAGCAGUUACUUCAUAUCUUCAGAUUGCUUGGAACACCUACUGAGAAGCAAUGGCCUGGUGUAAUGACUCUGCGUGACUGGCAUGUGUAUCCAAAGUGGGAGCCGCAAGACUUAUCACGUGCUGUUCCAUCUCUAUCCCCUGAAGGGGUUGAUCUUCUCACGAAUAUGCUGAGGUACAAUCCAGCUGAAAGAAUUUCAGCGAAAGCAGCUCUUGACCAUCCCUACUUUGACAGCCUUGACAAAUCUCAGUUCUGAAGCUGCACCUGCCUGAUCAAAAACUCUCUGGCAUCACACGCUGGCAAAUUGCAAUCUUGUAUUACUGAUCACACUCUGGCAAGUUGAUUGCUCAGCAUCAUGGUGAUUUUAUUUUUCUGGUGUCUCCUGUAUUGUGUGUGUUUGAGGAUGCAAUGUGUUCUGCAAGAGUGAACUUUUUAUUCUUAAAAUGGCCAAUUUGGUUU